AUGAUCCAGAGUCUUUACACUUUACUUUGCAAUCUUCUCUCCGAUAUCAACAAUAUGAGUUUCCACGAAUCUGCCACUGACAUCGAGCUUGAGGAUGGUCAUAUCCUCAAGGCUACCCUGCGUAACGAGGAUGGUGAUGAGCAAGAGUCUACUCUGGACUUGAACGGUAUCAUUGGGAACGAUAAUGGCCAAUUCUACUGGGAGGGCGAGAACUUCCACGAAAGUGCCUCCGAUGUCAGCUUCGAUCGUGAAGGAGACGACGAGCUUCCUAUUCUUCGGGCGGUUUUGGGUAACAUGGAUGGAGAGGGUCAGGAUGCGGACAUCAACCUGGCCGAGCGUAUCACCAACAUCAACGGCGAAUUGGUCUUCCAAUAG